AUGCGCUGCUUUGACUCGCACGUGGUCGAGUUCACGUAUUCUCGUUCAACGGGCUCAAAUCGAGACAUUGUUUCAACACUUCUGCCCAGGAAUGAUUCUUGUCCACAGAAUCACAGUGGGCUUGGGGAGUUAAACAAGUUAAGCAACUUGAGGGGAAGCCUCAGAAUUGAAGUGAAGGGGGGAAUAGAAGAUGUGGUAGCAGAAUCAAAUGUUGCAAACUUGAAGGAGAAGGAUUCCUUAGUUUCACUAGUGUUAGUGUUUGCCAGAAAAGAAAGUGAUGAAGUUUUACUUAAGGAGAUGCAGCCAAGCUUAAAUCUUCGAAGCUUAGAAAUAAGAGGCUAUGGGGGCACAAGGUUUCCAAGCUGGAUGUCUUGCAUGCCCAAAUUAGUCCGGCUACGUUUGUUUGAUUGUACAGCAUGCAAAAGUCUCCCAUUACUUGGUGAGCUCACUAGCCUCAAGCAUUUGGAGAUUGGUGAGCUACCUAGGGUGGAGUACACAGAAAGUGAUAUUGAUUCUCUCUUAUCGCUUCCUAAUCUGUCCACAUUAAUAAUACAGAGGUGUCCUAAUUUGGAUUGGAUUCCAUCACUUGUACGUCCCAAGGAGUUGAAACCUCCUACUUUCCCUUUGGAGUCGUUGCAGACCUCAUUUGCCACAAUUGAACAGGUAACUGGUAUUGAUGAUCAAGUGAAGGAGGUAAUCAAAUUAUUGGCAAUAGAAGAUAAUGGAAAUAAACCACGCAUGGUUGGAAUCCAUGGAACUAACAGAAUUGGCAAGACAACUAUUGCAAAGGCCGUAUACAACCGACUCUCCUCAUGUUUCGAUAGUUGUAGCUUUCUCGCAGAGAUUGGUGAAAAAGUGCAAAAUAAUGGCGGUAUCCAGUUUGUGCAAACUAAGUUGAUAUGUGAUAUUCUUGAUCGAGAAUGCAAUGUUGGUUCUUUUGAAGGAGGAAUCAAGUUUUUCUUGGAUGUAUUCAGCAACAUAAAAGCUCUUAUCGUCCUAGAUGAUGUGGAAGAACCGUCUCAUCUUUAUGAUCUAGUUGGUACCCAACUUGAGUGGUUUGGUCGUGGAAGUCGGAUAAUUGUUACAUCAGAAAAUCUUGGAAUUCUUGAAACAUUUGUGCCAGAAAGGGCUAAUAUCUAUGAGGUAAAUAAGAUGGAUAAUGGUCGAGCUCUUGAACUUUUUUACAAGCAUGCUUCAAUACCUUGGUAUCCUGCAAUUGGGAAGCACAUUGUCAAAGCCACGGGGCAGGUGCCAUUUGUUAUUGAAGUUAUCGGUUCACUUCUACAUGGAAAAACAAUAGAAGAUUGGAGGAAGAUGGAGGACAUGAUAAAACCACACUCUCAAGAGAUUUUGAAGGAUUGUAGGGAGAUUUUGAAAAUCUGUUAUGAAGCAUUAGAUGAAAAGCAGAAACAAAUAUUUCAGGACAUAGCGUGGUUUGCCAAUGGCAUGGAUAGCCAAAUUGCAUCAUAUAUGUGGCCUGAUUUAGAUCUUUUGCCUUCUUACAAAGUUCUGAUGCCCCUAGCAAAAAUUGGAGAAGACAACAAGCUGUGGAUGCAUAAACUGUUGAAGCACCUCUGCAGAGCUGUAGAUCAAGGAGAACCUACAUAUCAUGUAAAGCGCAGAAGACUAUACAUCAAUGAUCCAGACCCCAAAGUAAUCAACGAAGAAGAGGGAAUAGAAGUGGCGGAAUCCCUUUGCCCUGAUACAUGUACGGAAACUUUCCAAACAUAAGGUUCUUGGAAUUGGAUCGUGCAAGUAUGACUGGAAAUUUUGCAGAUGUAUUUCCAAAGUUAAGGUGGCUUCAUUGGCGAGGGUGCCCAAGGGAUUUCGAAGCAACAGAACUUAAUCUGACUGAACUGGUCAUUCUUGAUCUUUCAUGGAACAAAGUCACUAAAGACUGGGGAGGUUGGAGGAAAAUCAAGGUGGUUUCCUGUUUACUGCUCUAAUGUAUUUAUUGUGUUAAUUAUCUGGCAAUUGACCUUAUGAUUUUUUCUCUCCUGUUUUACAGAUGGAGCAGUUGAAAGUCUUAAACCUCGC